AUGGAUUCUAUUUCUUAUAUUCUUUUAUUUUUAAUUACAGUCACUCUUUUCUUAUCUUUUUUCAAUAGAUAUCCUGAUAUUUCUCCGUAUUUAUUAGAAUAUCAGUCAUCUUUUUCUCAUUUUCGUAAUUCUGGAGAAUCUGCAAUAUAUAAGAAUAGGAUUAUUCCUUCUGAUUUAUUUUUUUUGAAAGAAAAGAUAUUUUACUUUGAAACAACUUAUUAUAAAAUUUUAAGAGAUAUUCUUCAAGAAGGCUUGAACAAAAAAUCCAAGUCAAAAAUAUAUUCUGUAUUUGGAAAAGAAAUACAUGAGUUUUCUUAUGAUGAUUUAAAAAAAAAGAUAUUAUCUUUUCAAAGUUAUAUUUUUAAUUUUUGUUCAAACAUAAAAAAACUUGCUGUUUUUUUGCCAAACACAUUAGAAAACUUUAUUGCAAGCAUAGCAGCUCAUUUUUCAGGAUUAACUCUUGUAGUUAUACCUGUCUUGGAAAAUAUCGAUUUUUCUUUUUUUAUGGAAAUAAUUUGUACUGUUAAACCAGAUUUAUUAAUUAUUUCUGAUAAUAUAUUCUCGUUAAAUGAUUUGAAAAAAAUUAGAAUGAUUUCUGAAAUUAUUCUUGUUACAAAGCAAAGUAAUUAUUUAACCUUAGAAAAUAUUGAUCCUACAAUAAAAAUUUGGGAUAAUAUUUGUAACUCUGAAAAUCUAUAUUUUGAAAAAAUAUUUAAUACAGUACAAGAUACUUUGAUUAUGUUUGUAAAUAUUGAAAAAAAUAGAAAGUUUACAAUAUCAGAGUUUUCUCAUCUUAAUUUUAUUUCUGCGUAUAUUGGAUUAAAAAAUGAUAUUUUAGAAAAAUGUGAAUUUACAGAUAAAGAUAUUUUUCAAUCAACUAUUCCAUAUUUAGAUAAUUUUUCUCGGAUUGUUCUUUAUAGUACUUUUGUAGCUGGUUCUAGUAUUAUUUUUAAAUCAGAAUUUUUGAAUAUUUCUGAUUCCAUAUGCCAUAAUUUGUUUCCGACAAUACUUUUAGUACCAUCUGAAACUAUUUUAUAUUUAGCUAAUAAAAUCGACUCAUAUUUAAAUUCUUCAAUAUUUAGUUUUUGGUACAAAUGGUCUAUUUCUUCUUUAAAUAAUGGAAGAAUUUCUAAAGGAAUCCCAUUCAUAUAUAAAUCGCUUGGAAUAACUAAUAAAUUGAAACUUUUGCUUACAAGUUAUACUUUUGAGAAUUUCACUGACUUAGAUAUAUCACAAAUUAGAACAAUUCAAGCAGGACUUGGUACUAAAAUUACACGUUCUUUAUGUUGUAAUAGGAUUUUUGGUCCUAUUUCAUCUACUAAUCCUAAUGAUUAUCGCCAUAAAGUUCAUUUUGGUCCACCUUCAUCUACUUUGGAAGUCAAAAUUGUUAAUUUAAAUUCUGAAAAUGAGUUUGAAUUAACAAGUGGACAUAUAUUUGCACGAGGACUGUCUGUUACUUUUAAAGACACUGAUAAUUGGGUUUAUACUGGAUUAAAUGGUAUUUUUGGAGAGGAUGGCUGUCUUAUAGUUAAAUAA